AAAUCAGCUGGAAGACAAGAAGAAGAAGAAUAAACAAGAACGUCAAUAACAUUAAUGAAAUCUACUCAUAUGUAUAUUAUAUAUUGGAAUUCUGGCCGAGCUUAAGAAUGGGAAGAAAAUGCAGAAAAACCAUCCCAAGAAAGACAAGAAAACUGACCAUAAAAAUUGAACACGACCAUCAUGAAACAGGAAUAGAAAAUGGAAGUGCCCCCGAUUGUAAGGAUGCACGAUCUUUGAGAUCCAUAAAAACAGAAGAUUCCGCUGAAGAAACUUAUCCGGAGACUGAGUUCUAUGAGGUGGUUAUGCUGAAUGAGCAGAAUUCGGUUAAGGAGGAGUAUCAUUUGGAGGAUCAGAAUGAGGAAGAGGAGACCGAUCCGGUCGAGGAGGAGAUAAGCUAUCAUUUGGCAGGCCCACCAAAAGUCUGCUCAAAAUGCUUUGAGGCUUUUUCGAUUGAAGAGUUUCCCACCCACGACUGCAAGGACAUAAAUGCCGACAAAUAUCCCUGCAAAAUUUGCCCCCGGAAGUUCCGCUACAAAUCUCUUUUAGUCAUACACCUAAAAACACAUCUUCGGCUGCAAAAGGGCGAGAGCAUACCAGAAUUGGAGGCAGCGAAACCUGCGAAAACAAUUACUCCAAAAACCAAACAUAACUACGAGUUCAUUUACUCGCCGACUCCAAGAUGGAAGUUAUCUCGCCGCAGAGCCGGCGCCAUGCGAAUCCGACAUCAGCGAAUGUGUGACUAUUGUCCCAUAGCCUUUUCCAACGAAGCUCAUCUGGAGAAGCACCUCAGAGAUCACCAUGCCGAGAUUUUUAAUGCGACCGAAUUAAUCACCCCAGAUCCGGAGUCCGAUAGUACGGAACUGACCUGCAUAAAGUUAGAGAAUAAUGACACAGAACUGAUUUGCAUCAAGUUAGAGAAUAAAGAAACGGCAUAAAACACAGAUAUUGCAUAUCUAUAUAUUUAAAUUUAAUACGCUUAAUUAAAGGGACUCUCUAUAUUCGUAUUUAAAGCUAUAGUAUUGCCUU